GCGAGAACAAGCGAGAUAGAGAGAGAGAGAAACAGAAACAGGGAGAGAGAGAGCAGAAAGCGAAAAAACAAACCCUUGGAAGCGACGUUAGAGUUGUGUCUAGUCCGUGUGUCAGUGUUGUUGAGAUCCUCUCGAGUGUCGCGGGCGCGGGACGGGACAUAGACUGCAUUAUCAGCGGGCAAUACCAGUCCUAGAAGAGCAAAAGAAAGAAAGAGAGAGAUAAAAAGUGCGCGCUCGUGUGAUUAAAGUUCGUCGCUCAGGUCGGACCACGCGCCGCGAGCUUUUGUUACCCCCGUUUCCCGGUGGAUAAUGUGCAGUGCUUUCGUACAGUGUGUCUAGGAAGCUCUUCUUCAACGUGGUGGUGGUGGUGGUGCUGUGUGCCUCUCCGUAUUAUACGGCCCGCUCGGGCGAGGAUACAUUUCUACUCCGAAAUAAUCGCGAGGCCGCCGCCGGCCGGUUCGCAGGCCGGCGAACUUGACCCCCGCGCGCGACUCGUGCGAGAGAGUGUGAUAUGCGCCCUCGUAGGAGCGUUGGAUUCUCCCGCAGCAGUGAACAACGAGCCAGUGAAUACUUAAACGUAGCGCGAGUGGUGCUCAGUGGUGGCCAGUGUUACGGUAAUAUAAUCGAGUGAACUAGGAUCUAGGCUGCAGUUGUACACAGCGGCUAUAAAUAUAGGGUAUAAAACAAGUGCCACGAGAAACAAAGGCGAUACGACGAGUAGUCCCAGCUUGCCAAAGUUGGACUAAGCAAAAACACGACACUCUUGCUACUUUAGUUCGAUAAGGCGUGUGCGUGUGCUGAGGCGCGGGUGCCCGGGGGCUGCCGCAUGAUAUGCCGCUAGAGUUGUGAUCCAAGCGUCGCCAAAAUUCUUUGCGGUUCGUAUCUGCGCUACUUCGACGGCAGGAGCGUCGAGGUCUUCGCCGAGAUGAGCGGUGGCGGUGGCAGCCAGCCCGGCCAGAACGGCGCCAACAAUGCGGCCACCGCGUACCACCAUCAUCAGCAGCAGCAGCAACAACAACAGCAGCAGCAGCAGCAGCAGCAACAACAACAACAGCAGCAACAGCAGCAGCAGCAGCAACAAACGGAGCUGGAGCAGGCGGGUCUGCUGCCCGAGCUCAACGGCGUCGACCUGGCGAUGAGUCUGUCGCCCAAACACCAGCACUCGUCGCACGCGCAGGUCGGCGGUGGAGGCGCCCACACGACCCCCUUCAGCGUGACCGACAUACUCUCGCCGAUCGAGGAGUCGUAUCGCAAGUUGGAGCUGGCCGCGGCGGCGGCGGCCGUCGGGGUCGGCGUCGUGUCCCACGGCCAGGGCUCGCCCUACGCCAGCGCCUGCGGCAACGGCGGCCGGGGCGUGGGCGGCGGCGGCAACACCGGCAGCUCGAGCGCCAGCAGCGGCAGUCCGCCUCUGCACGGUGGCUCGACGCCGGGGGUCAGCACGCCCGGGCCCAUCAGUGGGGCGAACAACGGCACCGGCGGUGGCGGUGGUGGCGGCGGCGUGACCAGCAGCGCCGGCGGCGGUGGUGGAGGUCCCGCGGGCAUGAGCGCGGCCAGCAUGGGCAAUCCCUACGCGACUAUGCAGCUGACGCCUCAGUAUCAGUACUGCGCCGCCGAGCUGUCGCCUUAUCAUCACGCGGGCAGCGGCGUGACCGGGGGCGGCGGCGCCGCCGAUCCCAUGAGGUCGCACGGCGUCUCGUCGCAUCAUCAUCCCUGGUACGCACCGGCGCCCACGACCACCAAUGAUCCCAGAUUCGCAAUAUCGCGCCUCAUGGGAGCGGCGGCGUCGGCCGGCUCGAACAUGGCCGGCUGCGGCGUCGGCCAGUCGGUCGGCGACAUGGCCAAGUCGUCGGGCAUGGGCGUCGGCGUCGGCGUCGGCAUGGGCGUGAGCGCCAUGCAGUUCCCGCUGGCCCAGCGUCGCAAGCGCCGGGUCCUCUUCACCCAGGCACAGGUCUACGAGCUCGAGAGGAGGUUCAAGCAGCAAAAGUACCUGAGCGCGCCCGAGCGAGAGCAUCUGGCCUCCAUCAUACAUCUCACGCCUACGCAGGUGAAAAUUUGGUUCCAAAAUCACCGGUACAAAUGUAAAAGGCAAGCCAAGGAAAAAGCAAUGGCAGAGCAAAACGCACAAAAUCAGAGCGCGAGUUCGCCCCGACGAGUGGCCGUGCCCGUGCUGGUGAAGGACGGCAAGCCGUGCGGCAGCGGCGGCGGUCAGGAGGCAGGUCGCGGCGGACCCUCGGCGGCCCUGGCCAGUCCGGCGCCCCACAUGGGCGGCGGCAACGCCGGCGGCGCGGCUCAACACGGGGGCGGCGGCGGCGGCGGCCACCACGGCGCCGGCUCGGGCAUGCCCAGCCACCACAGCAUGAGCCACGUGAUGUCGGGCUCGCAGAGCCUGCAGCACUGCUCGUACCAGAGGGUCGCCGCGGCCGUCAAUCAGCAGGCGGCGAUGCAGCAGCAGCAGCAACAGCAGCAGCAGCAGUGCGGCGGCUACCUGCCGAUACAGGGCCGGGCCUGGUAG